CCCAUAGUAACCAUUGACAUUUUUGUUUAAAACGCAGUGCGAAGAAAGAGCUCAUUCCAGGAAGACAUAUAAAAUGGGCGAUUUUACAAAUUCCAAGGAUAUUCCCAAGAAAUAUUAUCGUUAUUUUUUGAAGGGACUGGCGUACUAUACAUGCCAGCUAAACAGAGCAUGUACCGAAAAGGAUCUACAGGCAUUCGUUUAUCUCAAGAGUAUGCAAAAUCUUUCCCCUUCUGAGCUCAUUUCUCUUACGAAAAAAGUGAUGGGGCAACUGGUGAACACAGGGGUAGCAUGCCGGCAGAAUGGAUAUUUCAGGCUGAAUGAAUUAUUACGACAUGUGAAUAGUUCACCAAAGCGAAGAAACUCCACCAAAGGUCGUCCAGCAGACGAGGAAUUGAGCAGUGGGUCAGGCUUAAACAAAAGGAUCAAAUUUUCCACUGUAACGACAAUGUUUCCCAUCGAGCCAUCGCAACUGUCGAAAGCACAAACUCCUACAAGAAAGCCACAGAAAGCUGGAUCAUCAAAAUUUAUACAAAUUGAAUCGAGCACCGAGACGGACUCGAAUUCGAGCACAAAUAAUGACGACGAUGAUGAUAAAAGCACAUCGGAGCAGAAAACUACUAAUGCCACAACGGAAAACGGAACAAAAGGCGAAAAGAUUGCAGGCGCAAGCGAUGAAAACAAAACAACAACCAAAAAUGAUAGUUCCACCGAUUCAGAUGAUGAAAACUCUAUCCAAACCGAACCAGAAACUAAAGACAUAAAGAAAAUUGAUGAAUUAAAAGCAGAACAGAAAAAGACUGAUUCGGACCAGGAAACGGAUAGUGAAGAUGAUGACGAUGAUUCAAUAAUUCCUCAUAAACCCAUUAAAGAGGAGCCGAAAGAAUGAGAAUAUACUAAGUUGUGUAUAAACAUCGGUUUGGUAAAGCAAAAUUAAGCUAACACUUACCUGC